AUGGCCCGCUUCGGAGACGAGAUGCCGGCCCGCUACGGGGGAGGAGGCUCCGGGGCAGCCGCCGGGGUGGUCGUGGGCGCCGGAGGCGGGCGAGGAGCCGGGGGCAGCCGGCAGGGCGGGCAGCCCGGGGCGCAAAGGAUGUACAAGCAGUCAAUGGCGCAGAGAGCGCGGACCAUGGCCCUCUACAACCCCAUCCCCGUCCGACAGAACUGCCUCACGGUCAACCGGUCUCUGUUCCUCUUCAGCGAGGACAACGUGGUGAGAAAAUACGCCAAAAAGAUCACCGAAUGGCCUCCCUUUGAAUACAUGAUUUUAGCCACCAUCAUAGCAAACUGCAUCGUCCUCGCCCUGGAGCAACACCUACCUGACGAUGACAAGACCCCCAUGUCCGAACGGCUGGAUGACACAGAACCGUACUUCAUUGGAAUUUUUUGUUUCGAGGCUGGCAUUAAAAUCAUCGCCCUUGGAUUUGCCUUCCACAAAGGCUCCUACUUGAGGAAUGGUUGGAAUGUGAUGGACUUCGUGGUGGUGCUAACAGGCAUCUUGGCAACAGUUGGGACAGAGUUUGACCUUCGGACGCUGAGGGCAGUUCGAGUGCUGCGACCGCUCAAGCUGGUGUCUGGAAUCCCAAGUUUACAAGUCGUCCUGAAGUCGAUCAUGAAGGCGAUGAUCCCCCUGCUGCAGAUUGGCCUCCUCCUGUUUUUUGCAAUCCUUAUUUUUGCAAUCAUAGGGUUAGAAUUUUAUAUGGGAAAAUUUCAUACCACCUGCUUUGAAGAGGGGACAGAUGACAUUCAGGGUGAGUCUCCGGCUCCAUGUGGGACAGAGGAACCCGCCCGCACCUGCCCCAAUGGGACCAAAUGCCAGCCCUACUGGGAAGGGCCCAACAAUGGGAUCACUCAGUUCGACAACAUCCUGUUUGCAGUGCUGACUGUUUUCCAGUGCAUCACCAUGGAAGGGUGGACUGACCUCCUCUACAACAGCAACGACGCCUCAGGGAACACUUGGAACUGGUUGUACUUCAUCCCCCUCAUCAUCAUUGGCUCCUUUUUUAUGCUGAACCUUGUGCUGGGUGUGCUGUCAGGGGAGUUUGCCAAAGAAAGGGAGCGGGUGGAAAACCGGAGGGCUUUCCUGAAGCUGAGGCGGCAGCAGCAGAUUGAACGAGAGCUCAACGGGUACAUGGAGUGGAUCUCGAAAGCAGAAGAGGUGAUCCUCGCCGAGGACGAAACGGACGGGGAGCAGAGGCAUCCCUUUGAUGCUCUGCGGAGAGCCACCAUAAAGAAGAGCAAGACAGAUCUGCUCAACCCCGAGGAGGCUGAGGAUCAGCUGGCCGAUAUCGCCUCUGUGGGGUCUCCCUUUGCCCGAGCCAGCAUUAAAAGUGCCAAGCUGGAGAACUCGACUUUUUUUCACAAAAAGGAGAGGAGGGUGCGUUUCUACAUCCGCCGCAUGGUCAAAACUCAGGCCUUCUACUGGACUGUGCUCAGUCUGGUAGCCCUCAACACGCUGUGUGUUGCUAUCGUUCACUACAACCAGCCCGAGUGGCUCUCCGACUUCCUCUACUAUGCAGAAUUCAUUUUCUUAGGACUCUUUAUGUCCGAAAUGUUUAUAAAAAUGUACGGGCUUGGGACACGGCCUUAUUUCCACUCUUCCUUCAACUGCUUUGACUGUGCGGUCAUCAUCGGGAGCAUCUUUGAGGUCAUCUGGGCCGUCAUAAAACCCGGCACAUCCUUUGGAAUCAGCGUGUUACGAGCCCUCAGGUUAUUGCGUAUUUUCAAAGUCACAAAGUACUGGGCGUCUCUCAGGAACCUGGUCGUCUCUCUUCUCAACUCCAUGAAAUCCAUCAUCAGCCUGUUGUUCCUCCUCUUCCUGUUCAUCGUCGUCUUUGCACUUUUAGGAAUGCAGCUCUUUGGCGGCCAGUUUAAUUUCGAUGAAGGGACUCCUCCUACCAACUUCGACACCUUCCCAGCAGCAAUAAUGACGGUGUUUCAGAUCCUGACAGGCGAGGACUGGAACGAGGUCAUGUACGAUGGCAUCAAAUCUCAGGGCGGCGUACAGGGCGGCAUGGUGUUCUCCAUCUACUUCAUUGUGCUGACGCUCUUCGGGAACUACACCCUCCUGAACGUGUUCUUGGCCAUCGCGGUGGAUAAUUUGGCCAACGCCCAGGAGCUCACCAAGGAUGAACAAGAAGAAGAAGAAGCAGCCAACCAGAAACUCGCCCUCCAGAAAGCCAAGGAGGUGGCAGAAGUGAGUCCUCUGUCCGCGGCCAACAUGUCCAUAGCUGUGAAGGAGCAACAGAAGAACCAGAAGCCAGCCAAGUCUGUGUGGGAGCAGCGGACCAGCGAGAUGCGGAAACAGAACCUGCUGGCCAGCCGGGAGGCCCUAUACAACGAGUUGGACCCCGAUGAGCGCUGGAAAGCCACCUAUGCCCGGCACCUGCGGCCUGACAUGAAGACCCACCUGGACCGGCCACUGGUGGUCGAUCCCCAAGAGAACCGCAACAAUAACACCAACAAGAGCCGGGCAGCCGAGCCUGCGGUAGACCAGCGCCUGGGCCACCAGCGGGCCGAGGACUUCCUCCGGAAACAGGCGCGCUACCACGACCGGGCCCGGGACCCCAGCGGAUCCACGGGCCUGGACGCACGGCGUCCCUGGGCGGGCAGCCAGGAGGCCGAGCUGAGCCGGGAGGGGCCUUAUGGUCGAGAGUCAGACCACCACACCCGGGAGGGUGGCCUGGAGCCACCAGGGUUCUGGGAGGGUGAGGCUGAGCGGGCCAAGGCUGGGGACCCCCACCGGAGGCACACCCACCGGCCAGGCGGCAGCCGGGAGAGCCGCAGCGGGUCCCCGCGCACCGGAGCUGACGGGGAGCCCCGCAGGCACCGGGCCCACCGCAGGCCAGGCGACGAGGCCCUGGAGGACAAGGCCGAGCGGAGAUCGCGGCACCGUGAGGGCAGCCGGCCAGCCCGGGGCGGCGAGGGCGAGGGCGAGGGUCCCGAAGGUGGCGAGCGGAGGCGGCGGCACCGGCAUGGCGCUCCAGCCGCCUACGACAUGGACACGCGGAGGGAGGACAAGGAGCGCAGACACCGGAGGAGGAAAGACACCCAGGGCUCCGGGGUCCCCGUGUCGGGCCCCAACCUGUCGACCACCCGGCCGAUCCAGCAGGACCUGGGCCGCCAAGACCCGCCGCUGGCCGAGGACAUCGACAACAUGAAGAACAACAAGCUGGCCACCGCCGAGGCGGCCAGUCCCCACGACAGCCUCGGCCACACCGGCCUGCCCCAGAGCCCGGCCAAGAUGGGGAACAGCGCCAACCCCGGCCCCACGGCGGCCCCGCCCGCCAUGGCCGCCAAUCCCCAGAGCACCGCCGGUCGCCGGAUGCCCAACAACCCGGGGAACCCGUCCAACCCCGGCCCCCCGAAGACCCCAGAGAACAGCCUUAUUGUCACCAACCCCAGCAGCACCCAGACCAACUCAGCUAAGACUGCCAGGAAACCCGACCACACCACGGUGGACAUCCCCCCCGCCUGCCCACCCCCACUCAACCACACUGUAGUCCAAGUGAACAAAAACGCCAACCCAGACCCACUGCCAAAAAAGGAGGAAGAGAAGAAGGAGGAGGAAGACGACCCCGGGGAAGACGGCCCCAAGCCCAUGCCCCCCUACAGUUCCAUGUUUAUCCUCUCCACCACCAACCCCCUUCGCCGCCUGUGCCAUUACAUUCUGAACCUGCGCUACUUUGAGAUGUGCAUCCUCAUGGUGAUCGCCAUGAGCAGCAUUGCGCUGGCGGCCGAGGACCCCGUGCAGCCCAACGCUCCACGGAACAACGUGCUGCGAUAUUUUGACUACGUUUUCACAGGCGUCUUCACCUUUGAGAUGGUGAUCAAGAUGAUUGACCUGGGGCUCGUCCUGCACCAGGGCGCCUACUUCCGCGACCUCUGGAAUAUUCUUGACUUCAUAGUGGUCAGUGGGGCCCUGGUGGCCUUUGCCUUCACCGGCAAUAGCAAAGGAAAGGACAUCAACACAAUCAAAUCUCUCCGAGUCCUCCGGGUGCUACGACCUCUUAAAACCAUCAAGCGGUUGCCAAAGCUCAAGGCUGUGUUUGACUGUGUGGUGAAUUCUCUCAAGAACGUCUUCAACAUCCUCAUUGUCUACAUGCUGUUCAUGUUCAUCUUUGCCGUGGUGGCCGUGCAGCUGUUCAAGGGGAAGUUCUUCCACUGCACCGAUGAGUCCAAGGAGUUUGAGAAAGACUGUCGAGGGAAGUACCUGCUCUAUGAGAAGAACGAGGUGAAGGCCCGGGACCGAGAGUGGAAGAAGUACGAGUUCCAUUACGACAACGUGCUGUGGGCUCUGCUGACCCUCUUCACCGUGUCCACGGGAGAAGGCUGGCCACAGGUUCUCAAGCACUCCGUGGACGCCACCUUUGAGAACCAGGGUCCCAGCCCCGGGUACCGCAUGGAGAUGUCCAUCUUCUACGUCGUCUACUUUGUUGUGUUCCCCUUCUUCUUCGUCAAUAUCUUUGUGGCCUUGAUCAUCAUCACCUUCCAGGAGCAGGGGGACAAGAUGAUGGAAGAAUACAGCCUGGAGAAAAAUGAGAGGGCCUGCAUCGACUUCGCCAUCAGCGCCAAGCCCCUGACCCGGCACAUGCCCCAGAACAAGCAGAGCUUCCAGUACCGCAUGUGGCAGUUCGUGGUGUCCCCACCCUUCGAGUACACCAUCAUGGCCAUGAUCGCCCUCAACACCAUCGUGCUCAUGAUGAAGUUCUACGGAGCCUCCCUGGCUUAUGAAAAUGCGCUGAGGGUAUUCAACAUCGUCUUCACCUCCCUCUUCUCUCUGGAAUGUCUGCUGAAAGUCAUGGCUUUUGGGAUUCUGAAUUAUUUCCGCGAUGCCUGGAACAUCUUCGACUUUGUGACUGUUCUGGGCAGCAUCACCGACAUCCUCGUGACUGAGUUUGGGAAUAACUUCAUCAACCUGAGCUUCCUCCGCCUCUUCCGAGCUGCCCGGCUCAUCAAACUCCUCCGUCAGGGUUACACCAUCCGAAUUCUUCUCUGGACCUUCGUGCAGUCGUUCAAGGCGCUGCCCUAUGUCUGUCUGCUGAUCGCCAUGCUUUUCUUCAUCUACGCCAUCAUCGGGAUGCAAGUGUUUGGCAACAUUGGCAUCGACGUGGAGGACGAGGACAGCGAUGAGGAUGACUUCCAAAUCACUGAGCACAACAACUUCCGGACCUUCUUCCAGGCCCUUAUGCUUCUCUUCCGGAGUGCCACCGGGGAGGCGUGGCACAACAUCAUGCUUUCCUGCCUCAGUGGGAAACCGUGUGACAAAAACUCCGGCAUCCUGACUCCCGAGUGUGGCAAUGAAUUUGCUUAUUUUUACUUCGUUUCCUUCAUCUUCCUCUGCUCGUUUCUGAUGCUGAACCUCUUUGUCGCCGUCAUCAUGGACAACUUUGAGUACCUCACGCGAGAUUCCUCCAUCUUGGGCCCUCACCACCUGGAUGAGUAUGUGCGUGUCUGGGCCGAGUACGACCCCGCAGCCUGGGGCCGCAUGCCUUACCCGGACAUGUAUCAGAUGCUGAGACACAUGUCUCCGCCCCUGGGUCUGGGGAAGAAGUGUCCGGCCAGAGUGGCUUACAAGAGGCUCCUGCGAAUGGAUCUGCCUGUUGCCGAUGACAACACUGUCCACUUCAAUUCUACCCUCAUGGCUCUGAUCCGCACAGCCCUGGACAUCAAGAUUGCCAAGGGAGGGGCCGACAAACAGCAGAUGGACGCCGAGCUACGGAAAGAGAUGAUGGCCAUCUGGCCCAACCUGUCCCAGAAAACACUGGACCUGCUGGUCACCCCUCAUAAGUCCACGGACCUGACGGUGGGGAAGAUCUAUGCGGCCAUGAUGAUCAUGGAGUACUACCGCCAGAGCAAAGCCAAGAAGCUGCAGGCCAUGCGUGAGGAGCAGAACCGGACACCUCUCAUGUUCCAGCGCAUGGAGCCCCCGUCGCCAACACAGGAGGGGGGGCCUGGCCAGAACGCCCUGCCUUCCACCCAGCUGGACCCAGGAGGAGGCCUGAUGGCUCACGAAAGUGGCAUCAAGGAGAGCCCUUCCUGGGUGACCCAGCGAGCCCAGGAGAUGUUCCAGAAGACGGGCACGUGGAGCCCGGAGCGGGGGCCCCCUACCGACAUGCCCAACAGCCGGCCCGACUCUCAGUCUGUGGAGAUGCGAGAGAUGGGCCGAGAUGGCUACUCGGACAGUGAGCGCUACCUCCCCAUGGAAGGCCAGGCCCGGGCUGCCUCCAUGCCCCGCCUUCCUGCAGAGAACCAGAGGAGAAGGGGCCGGCCACGUGGGAAUAACCUCAGUACCAUCUCAGACACCAGCCCCAUGAAGCGCUCAGCCUCCGUGCUGGGCCCCAAGGCCCGGCGCCUGGACGACUACUCCCUGGAGAGGGUGCCACCCGAAGAAAACCAACGGCACCACCAGCGGCGCCGCGACCGCGGCCACCGAGCCUCCGAGCGCUCCCUGGGCCGCUACACGGACGUGGACACAGGCUUAGGGACAGACCUGAGCAUGACCACCCAGUCGGGGGAUCUGCCGUCAAAGGAGCGGGACCAGGAGCGGGGCCGUCCCAAGGACCGCAAGCACCGGCAGCACCACCACCACCACCACCACCACCACCCGCCCCCCGACAAGGAGCGCUAUGCCCAAGACCGGCCUGACCACCGGGCCCGGGCCCGGGACCAGCGAUGGUCCCGCUCGCCGAGUGAGGGCCCCGAGCACAUGGCACACCGGCAGGGCAGUAGUUCCGUAAGUGGAAGCCCAGCCCCCUCAACAUCUGGUACCAGCACUCCGCGGCGGGGCCGCCGCCAGCUCCCCCAGACCCCCUCCACUCCCCGGCCACACGUGUCCUAUUCCCCUGUGAUCCGCAAGGCCGGCGGCUCGGGGCCCCCGCAGCAGCAGCAGGUGGCGCGGCCUGGCCGGACGGCCCCCAGCGGCCCGCGGAGGUACCCGGGCCCCGCAGCCGAGCCUCUGGCAGGGGAGCGGCCGCAGGGGGGACACAGCAGCAGCCGCUCGCCCGCGAUGGAGCGUCGGGGCCCGGCCCGGAGCGAGUCCCCCAGGGCAUGUCGCCAAGGCGGGACGCGGUGGCCGACGUCUGUUGCGCACGCUUCCGAGUGGUCCCCGGGCCCCCGGCACCACGGUUACUACCGGGGUUCCGACUACGACGAGGCCGAUGGCCCCGGCGGCGGUGGGGACGAUGGGCCCUACGACGCGCCGCCCCCCGCGCGACACGCGUGCUCUCCCAGGACUCCUCGGGCCGCGGGCCCUGCCUGCGCGUCGCCUUCUCGGCAUGGCCGGCGACUCCCCAACGGCUACUACCCGGCCCACGGACUGGCCAGGCCCCGCGGGCCGGGCUCCCGAAAAGGCCUGCACGAAGCCUACAGCGAGACAGACGACGACGACUGGUGCUAAGCCCGGGCGAGGUGGCACCCGCGCCCGCCCGGCCCCCUCCCCACGCACCCCACGCACACAUCCCACGGGGAGGAGCCGCGGCCCGGCCGCGAGGCCACCUCGCU